AUGAAAUGGGAACAAAUUGGUAUCCAUGGAACUAUGGCGUCUACAAUCGCGUUAGGCCAUAAACUACACCUAUUCGAAGCAUUGGCUAAGGUCGGUAGUGAGGAAAAUCCAGCCACACCGAAACAGGUAGCUGAUGAAAGUGGAUGUAAAGAAAGGUAUGUCAAGGAAUGGCUGUCAGCGAUGGCAGCUGGUGAAAUUAUCGAAGUCAACGAAGAAGAAAAAUUCUGGAUUCCAAAAGAGCAUGUUGCGGUAACGUUGCAGUUCAGCUUAUUCCUCCCUCUUCUCCUCAAAAGCUACGACAAUGUAUGUAACGUAUUCAGAAAGGAUGGCCCACUCGGACUUAGCUAUUCGGAUUUCACUGGUUUCUACCAGACAAUGUCAUCAUUGAGUGAGGCAAUGCACAAAAGGCACCUUGUAAGCGACUUUCUACCUGCUCUGGGAGCAGACAUCCCUGAACGUCUGAAGGAAGGGGGAAUGAUGUGCUUGGAUGUUGGGUGCGGAAACGGUUUCCAUGCCGCACUUCUAGCGCAAACCUUCCCGAAAUCAAACUUCACCGGCAUUGACAUAACCCUGGAAGCCGUGCAGCAGGCGAAUCAACGACGAAAGGAUGACGGUUCAACAUUUGACAAUUUGGCCUUCAUACAAAUGAAUGGUGGCGAGAUGGCCGCUGACUGGACCAACAAAUACGACGUAGUGACGAUCUUCGACGCUUGUCACGAUCAGAUGAGACCUGACUUGUGCCUCAAAGAGAUCUUCCGGGUUCUCAAACCAGGAGGUGUUUUUGGAAUGCUGGAGGUAAAAGCGUCGUCAAAUGUAUACACCGACCGAAAGGAAAUGGGAGAACUUGCUUCUCAUUUGUACGGCGUUUCAUUGCUUCAUUGCCUGCCAGUAGGCAGUAACUCACCAGAUGCCCUCGGACUUGGGACUAUGUGGGGAAAAGAAAAAGCUAAGAAGUCACUCAUGCAAGCCGGUUUCACCAAUGUCAACAUUGUUCCCACACCAAUGUUUCCUUUCAAUGAUUUAUAUGUAUGUAAAAAAGAAUGA